ACUCCAGUUUUUAGCUCGUUUCCUUCUACCUGCUUUAAAUCACUUCCUCUGUCGACUUCCCCCAGCCGGACCCAGAAAGAGAAUCACAGCUGAACACAUAAGAACUGGGAUUCUGUCCUAAUAAAAAGAAAGAUAUUCCUUUUUUCAGCUUUUGAGUCCUGGAAUCUUAAGCGGGGAUCAAAGAAGUAUGCAUUUAGCAUCUUCUCACAGCAAAACCCAGAAAUUCCUUUUCUUGGUUUAUAGUAGUUUCUGAGCUGUUCUCAUAGGCCUCAUAAUAAAGAGCAAUUGGAAAAAUAGAGAACUCUCUAGAACUUCUUGUUCCUUUUCUGGAGUGGGUUUGAAUUUGGGGUUAGGAAUUUUCUUCUUUGUACAUUCAAUUAUCAUUUUAUGCUCAAAAAAUCCAACGUUGCGGUUGGAGGUUUUCUUUCCAACGUUUGUGGUUGGAUGUUUUCUUUUAUAGUCAACAAAGACAUUCAUAUUUAGUCUUUCAAGUCAAAAGGGAUGCUUUUGUCUGCAAUACUGACUUACGAAUUUUCAAAGUCACCGACUCUUAGUCACGGAAAGAAACACGGGGAACAAAUUCUUUAAUUUCCUCCACUGUCCGCGGAAAUCAGAGUCUUUGGUGUGAAAAGGACAUAAACAACAGUCAAAGUUCAGGCCUUCCUCUUAUAUAAUGUGAGCUGAGCACUGUUCUUGGAGAAAUUUUUUUUUUUUUAAUUUUCCUAGAAUGGAUACUUAUUGGUUCUGAGAAUACACGGGCAUUGGGUUGCAGCAGGUUGAGUUAACGUUGAGGAUUUUGAUCGAACAACAUUUCUGAAUCCAAGUCUAUUGCAAUUUGCAAUGGCAGAAAAUGCACAGGAAUCCAGGUCAUUGGCCCUGACUCCGACAUGGUCCGUUGCUUCUGUACUGACCAUCUUUGUUGCCGUUUCACUGCUUGUGGAGCGAUCCAUUCACCGGUUAUGCAGUCUGUUGAAAAAAUGAAAGAAGAGUUGAUGCUUCUUGGCUUUAUAUCUCUCCUACUCACAGCCACAGCAAGCACUAUAUCCAAUAUUUGCAUACCAUCAAAGUUCUACGGUAGUAUUUUUGCUCCCUGCAGUAGGAAUGAAAUUGAUGAAGAAAUGGAGGAGAGCAACUUGAAGCAUCGUAAACUUUUGGCAGCUUUUCUACGUCCUCACUCAUAUAGGAGAGUGUUGAAUGGCAUGAAUCAGAAUACCUGCAAAGAGAAUCAUGAACCGUUUGUCUCGUAUGAAGGUCUUGAGCAACUGCAUCGCUUCAUCUUUGUCAUGGCAAUCACGCAUAUAUCUUACAGCUGCUUAACAAUGUUGCUGGCAAUUGUAAAGAUCCACACUUGGAGGGAAUGGGAGGAUGAGGCUCGCAGGGUCCAUCAUCAUACAUUAACCGAGAUCACUCGAGCAAUGACAAUGCGAAGGCAAUCAACAUUUGUUAGAGCCCAUACAUCAAAUCCCUUGACCAGGAAUGGUUUAGUUGUUUGGGUGAUUUGUUUUUUCCGGCAAUUUGGGCGUUCAGUGGUUCGUGCUGAUUACCUGACCCUCCGCAAGGGGUUUCUCAUGAACCACAACCUUACAUCAAACUAUGAUUUUCACAGCUAUAUGGUUCGAUCCAUGGAGGAAGAAUUCCAAAGGAUAGUUGGUGUGAGUGGCCCACUCUGGGGGUUUGUUGUGGCUUUCAUGUUGUUCAAUGUCAAAGGAUCGAAUCUUUAUUUUUGGAUUGCAUCGAUCCCAAUUGCUCUUGUUUUGCUUGUGGGCACAAAGCUGCAGCAUAUUAUUGCAACAUUGGCUUUGGAGAGUGCUGGAAUUAGUGUAUUUCACCCCCAAGGAAGGUUAAAGCCACGAGAUGAACUUUUUUGGUUCAAGAAGCCACAACUAUUGUUGUCCUUAAUUCAUUUUAUUCUCUUCCAGAAUGCGUUUGAGCUGGCGUCCUUUUUCUGGUUCUGGUGGCAAUUUGGAUAUAAUUCAUGCUUUAUUAAGAACCACAUGCUUGUGUAUCUACGGCUAAUUCUGGGGUUUGCAGGACAGUUUCUGUGCAGCUAUAGCACCUUGCCGCUCUAUGCUCUUGUGACUCAGAUGGGUUCAAACUACAAGGCAGCGUUAAUUCCCCAGGGAAUACGAGAGACGAUCCAUGGUUGGGGCAAGGAAGCAAGGAGGAAAAGAAGGUUGGGCAUUUUCACUGAUGAUUCGACUAUCAGAACAGAGACGAGCACAAUAGCAUCCCUUGAUGAAGAUGACCAACAGUUGCUAGACAGCCCUCGACCUGCACCUGUUGCCACUGAAAUUGAGUUACAGCCACCCACCAUCAUAAUUACUGAUCAUUCUCCAACUCCUAAUGAAAAUUCAAGCAGGAUUGGUACGCCUCUCCUUCGACCUUCGGCUACCAUAUCUUCCACACUUUCUCCUAGACUUAUGCCAGAAAUGGUUACGAGAUCAAAUUCAAUGCCUACAAGAAAGGAUGAAAGAGAGUGACGGUGAUGCAGCCAUAGCAAAGUCAGAAGACAAGAUUGACUGUUAUAAUGACGGUGAAGUUUCUGUGAAUACUUUUGCAGGCUAUUAGAUCUAACAUAGUCAUUAAUAGAUCACAGUGAUAUAAUACAUUGGGGUUUACUGUAUUGACUCUUGGUGUCUUGCAGCAUUAAGAUGAAAAAUUGCAGACAGAGAAUAGGUCAUGGUUACAGCCCCUAUGAUCAAAUUUGAGAAGUUUUCGAGGUUUAGUCCCUAUGAUCGAUGAAUGAUAUUAGUUUUAUAAAAAAUUCAUGAAAAGAAGGCAAUGUACAACUUAAUUGAGUAAUAAUUAGUUGUAAAUUUUGGCUUGCUUGGCUAGAGAUGGCACCAGAAUCACAAGCUUUUAUUUCGGCU